AUGUCUGAACCAAUCGAGACAAAUCCAGACGAGGACAUGGGAUUCAUUACUUCCCCUCCCGCAGAGGGAAUUGAUCCCGACGCUUCGCGUGAGUUCCUUGACCUUUUCCGUACGGAAAAUAAGCGGGAUAUUCCCCUCGCGUCCUAUUACAUUGAUAACCUUUCCCACGACUUCAACUUCGAGGACUUGAUGGGCUGGGUCACCGAUCCCGACACAGGUGGUACCGCUAUGCACGUCGCAGCCGCUGUUGGAAAUAUCAAAUCCUUCGAUGCCACUGGACAAAGCUUUGGGAGGGAAUGGAGUCGCAACAGCUGGUUCAUGACAUGCUUCAGAGCCGUCUUCUUCCUUCGCAACAAAGCUGGAGAUACCAUCUUCCACGUCGCAGCCCGCAUGGGCCGUCUUGACAUCAUCAAUGCGGCCUGGCAACACUUCUGGCAGGUCAUAGACUGGGACAAAGUCCCUGACAAGCCCGGCUCUGAAGUCUACGCCCCUAUCGGUCACGAUCUACCCGAGUUCGAAACCGAUGUCGACCCUCUGUGGGUGCCUGACUACAUGGUGGCUACUGUUCUACUUGCCAGGAAGAACGCUGCUGGGCACACCGCCGCCGAUGAGGCUACUAUUGCUGACUAUACGGAUGUCGCGGAGUGGUUGAAACAAGUACUGGAUCGCGUUACUCUUGGCGGUAAAAGAGCUACAGAAAGUAGGAUGGCUAGAAUGGAGCUAGUCGACGGUCGCUACGAUAUCGAUGGACAUCAUCUCACCUGGGAUCAAAUCCCACGGGUAGGGCUAUACUAUCCUCCUAAAUACAGAUCCUAG